AUGGUACCGGCCCCACCUCAAGACCCGACCUCAAGAUCGACAGUUCUUCAAGAUGGUACGGACCUCACACGAUUCAUUGCCUCUAUCUCCCCGAACUCGACACCAGCUGGAAGGGCGUCGGCUACUCCAUCUGGAUUCUCACCAUUUCCGUUACCUUGGUUUGCUUGCGAGCACCAUGCGUACAAGGGGAGGCUUGGGAACCUGAUCUCGACUGAAGCUUGUUUGAUUGAUGCUAUGCAGAAGUCUAUACGACCAGUCAAGAAAGUUGUCAAGAAGAACCCUGCUGCCGCUCAGUCGGCCAAGCCUGGACGAAACAGCAAGAGUGCUAAGAACCCACUCCUUGAACGCCGUCCUAAGAACUUCGGCAUUGGUCAGGAUAUCCAGCCUACCCGUGACCUCACCCGAUUCGUCAAAUGGCCUGAAUACGUCCGUCUCCAGCGUCAAAAGGUGAUCCUCAACCAACGUCUGAAGGUCCCACCCUCAAUUGCUCAAUUUAGCAAUCACCUGGACAAAAAUACCGCCACGCAACUUUUCCGAUUGAUGCACAAGUACCGACCCGAGUCUCGUCAACAAAAGAAGGCUCGUCUCGGCGCCCAAGCCGAAGCCAUUGCCAAGGGUGACGCCAAGAAGGGCGAGCCAAUUGGCAAGAAGCCCAUCUACGUCAAAUACGGACUCAACCACAUCGUCGCUCUGAUUGAGGCCAAGAAGGCUUCGUUGGUUGUGAUUGCUGAUGAUGUGGACCCCAUCGAGCUGGUUGUCUUCAUCCCUGCUCUUUGCCGAAAGAUGGGUGUGCCUUACUGCAUUGUCAAGAACAAGGCCCGACUCGGUACCGUUGUUCACAAGAAGACUGCCGCCGUUGUCGCUUUCACUGACAUCCGAAGCGAGGACAAGAAUGAGCUUGCUAAGUUGGUCAGCGCUGUCAAGGUGAACUUUUUGGAGAAAUACGAGGAUGCUAAACGACACUGGGGUGGUGGUAUCCGGGGCAACAAAUCAUUUGCUAUGCUUCAAAAACGUGCCAAGGCUGCUGGUCAAUCAGCAGCUUCGGUUUCGAAGACCAUCUGA